AAAUUGCCGGCAGAAGCAAAAAUUAGACCAUUAGGGAAGCUUACGCAUGAUGAUGCUUAUUCAUGCCUGUACCCCUUCCUCUUCAAUUAUGCCAGAGCCCAUGAUCCCGAUGAGGAAACAGAAGCAGCAGAAGCAGCUUCUUCCUUUGAAAGUUGACAUUCUUAAAAACCUCAAAAAUAGUUGCAUUAAAUUGCUGGAUGUGUUCGUUGAUUCAGUGUUUGAAUUCUCUGAUCAAACCCUUCACCCAACUCAGGGUAACCUUGCGCCUGUUGAAGAGAUUGGAACGGCUGUUGCUGUCACCACCAUCCAAGGAACAAUCCCACAAGAAUUUCCCCAAGGAAUCUACAUAAGAAAUGGACCAAAUCCUUUAUUUGGAGGACUGAAAUCGACGAAAUCAAUAUUUGGAAGAUCGAAUUACACAUGGGUGGAAGGAGAAGGAAUGCUCCACGCCCUGUAUUUCAACAAGGACCACACCAAAUUACGCAAAUGGAAUCUCUUUUACAACAACAGAUAUGUCCAAACCCAAACAUUCCAACUCGAGAAACACGUCAAAAACGGACCAUAUUUUCUUCCUGCAAUUGAAGGCGAUUCUCUCGCUGUUCUCUCUGCCUUUUUCCUCAACAUGCUUCGAUUCGGUACAGUAAACAAAGACAUGAGCAACACGAACGUAAUUGAGCACUCGGGGAAAUUCUACUCUGUUGCCGACAAUUCCUUGCCCCAACAGAUCGACAUCAUGAGCUUGCAAAGUUUGGGCGUUUGGGAUGUCAAUGGAGCUUGGAAUCGACCCUUUACAAGCCAUCCUAAGAAAGCUCCGGGCACCGGUGAACUGGUGAUCAUGGGUGUCACUCCAGCCAAACCCUUCAUGCUACUUGGAAUUAUUUCUGAAGACGGAAAGGAAAUGGUUCAUAAAGUGGACGUGAAACUUAGUAGAGGGAGCUUCAGCCAUGAGAUUGGUGUCACGCGAAGGUACAACGUCAUAUUGGAUUACCCCGUAACAAUCGACUUCAACAGACUUAUCACAGGCGGAUCAUUAAUAAAAUAUGAUAAGGAAGGGUACGCCAGAAUCGGAGUGAUGCCUCGUUAUGGAGACGGCGACUCAAUUCAAUGGUUUCAAGUAAAACCCAAUUGCACCAUGCAUCUUUUCAACUCCUUCGAGCAAAAUGAUGAGGUUGUGGUGUGGGGAUGUAGAGCUAGUGACUCAGUAAUUCCAGGACCUGAAAAGGGACACAACAAAUUCGAGUGGUUCUCCAACAGAUUUAAGCCAUUACCCAUAGCUGAUGAACAAAACAGUGAUUCUUGUUCCAGCUCCAUGGAAGAUGGGUCCUUGUUUUCUCGAGCUUACGAGUGGAGGCUCAACCUCAAAACGGGAGAGGCCCGGGAGAGAUUUCUGAGUGGAACUCAAUUCUCCAUGGAUUUUCCCUUCAUAAAUUCACGCUUCACUGGUCUUCAAAACAAAUUUGGAUAUGCACAGAUUCUUGACUCCUUUGCUAGUUCUAAUUCAGGGAUGUUUAAAUUUGGUGGCCUGGCAAAGCUACAUUUUGAAGAGCCUGAUCAAAGUUGUGGAUUUUCAUUGCCAAAAAAGUGGGGAAAUGAGGCCAUAAAAGUGGAGUACCAUAUGUUUGAGAACAGCUCCUUUUGCAGCGGAGCUUCGUUUGUUCCCAGAGAAGAUGGUGCAGAAGAAGAUGAUGGCUGGAUAAUUGCCCAUCUUCACAAUGAGAUCACCAAUACAUCUCAGGUAUAUAUAAUUGAUGCAAAAAAGUUCAGCGAGGAGGCAGUAGCCAAAAUCACACUGCCACAAAGAGUUCCCUAUGGCUUCCAUGGUGCUUUCAUGCCCAUGAAUCAUGAUCUCAUGGAGCAAAUAAUAAUGAAUUUACAAUAAAUUUUUAUCCAUAAAUUAAUUAGAAAGGUGCCCAUUAUAAUAGCUCUGAUCCGUUUUCAGUUGUUUAGGUGCGGGUAGCAACUUUUGAAAUUAUGGCUCUUUAAUAUAUUUAUUGUACCCCUAAUAAAUCCAAUAGCAAACCCUGUAAAAUAUAUUAUCGUCAUUUUCAAGAGGACAUUAAUUAGGAAGUUGUUGUUGUUUUGCAA